CAGUCAGACACCGCAGCCAGGCACUAGCUGACUGCACUUUGCCACGUUUCACUAAUGACGUAAUCCCUCCCGGUGACAGCUCUGUUGCGGUAACGACACACAGAUAGAGACAGACAGCUGGUUACCGUUCGAUGUACGGCUGUACACUGAGUUAAAAGCCCCAGACACACACGGCAUCUUAAAACCACCUGACAGAUCUGUGAUAUUCCGUACUCGGCUCAUCAGCUGGCUGAUGGUAGCUGUUUCCUGGUUGGAGUUGCAGCCAUUUUGGAUUUUUAACAAGAAACAACUAUACAACCGGCUGUGUUUCUGGAGCAGUGUGAGCUAGCUGUUUAUCUGCAGACAGGGAUACACUAUACACCGCAUCCACAAUGAAUCCCGAAUAUGACUAUUUAUUUAAGCUGCUCCUGAUUGGUGACUCUGGUGUUGGAAAGUCUUGCCUUCUUCUUCGAUUUGCAGAUGACACAUACACAGAGAGUUACAUUAGCACUAUUGGUGUGGACUUCAAAAUACGAACCAUAGAACUAGAUGGAAAGACCAUUAAACUUCAGAUUUGGGACACGGCGGGUCAGGAAAGGUUUCGCACCAUUACCUCCAGCUACUACAGAGGGGCUCAUGGGAUCAUCGUAGUGUACGAUGUCACAGACCAGGAGUCCUUCAACAACGUCAAACAGUGGCUGCAGGAGAUCGAUCGCUAUGCCAGUGAAAAUGUCAACAAGCUAUUGGUUGGGAAUAAGUGUGACCUGACAACAAAGAAGGUGGUGGACUACACAACAGCCAAGGAGUUUGCAGACUCUUUGGGCAUCCCCUUUUUGGAAACUAGCGCCAAGAACGCCACCAAUGUGGAGCAGGCCUUCAUGACCAUGGCUGCUGAAAUCAAGAAGAGGAUGGGCCCCGGGGCCACAGCCGGAGGAGGGGACAAACCAAACGUAAAGCUUACCCCCGGCACUACUGUCAAACCAUCGUCAGGAGGAUGCUGCUGAGAGGGAAACCACUUUCACUUGGCCCCCCCCCUUGUCCUCCUGUAUUUGCAGGCCUGUCAGACUGUCUGCCAUGUCCUCAAACUCCACUGUGUCCCCCCCCCCCUCCAAUAGACAGGACAGGGACGAUUGACAUGUCUCUGUGAGCAGAACAAGAGGAAGUUUCCCAUAUUUGUACUGUACAUAGUAGAGCCGCACUACCAAAAAUAAAUAAAGCAUCAUUCUUAUUGUCACACUGUCCUGUUAUUGAUUACUAAAAAUGUAUUACCCCCCCCCCCCCGAGACUACUUUUUUGUUUGGCCCCCUUCAUGCAGGCUUAUGAGAACAGUGUGUUUAUCUGCAUUCCUCAUACGGAUGGUAAUGAAUCAGCUAAUUAGCUCUCUUUUUUUUCUAUGAUUAUGUUGCCGUGUCUAUCAAUGUGUCCUUCAGUCUGCACAGCAGCGUCUCACUGUCCACCAUCUGAAGUCUAGUGCAGCAGUGUGUGUGUGUGUGUGUGUGUGUGUGUGUGUACAUAUAUACAUAUAUGUGUGUAUACAUAUGUAUUUGAUCUGAUUUGCCAGUCCUGUAGUGUUUGUUGCAUUAUUGAAUCUUAAUUUUGGUGGCUAAAGACAACCUGAAGUUUGUAGCUCAACUUUUAACUCUUCAACUGAAAUAAAUAUUGUACUACCAAACUGUAUGAAAUGUGAGGACCUGUCUGCAAUUUCUGGUCAGGUGUAUAGAAAACCUGUUUGAAUUAUUUAUUCUACAUUCUUUUGGCAUAUGUUUUGCCAAUUACACAGGGUCUGUUUGCAAAUGGCUGUAGGCAUAUAUAAAAUACAAUGUUCUCUUCUUUUCAUAAUAAAGGCAAAUGAAUUCAAUUUGAAA